AAAUUUGUUUAGCACGGCCGGGCUAAUAUUUUUGUGAACCACAUUAUUCCAGAUCAACAACCCAAAAAGAACACAACCUUUUAGCCCUACCAACCAACCUGAGACCUUCCUCCACCUUCCCUCUCCCAAGUCACCUUUUUCCUAAACUUCCCUCUCUCUACCUCUAAACAUCUGGGUUUAACUGGGUGUUUGUUUGGGUCGACAUUCUUUGAACAGCCAGCGACAAGAAAAGACAAAAGGUUCCUUCGCCCAGCGAUCGACCACCUCUCGACUUUUUGUGUUCUCUCCCGUGUCUCCGCUUGUGAAAGCAGCAGCAGAGCACACAGCAAGCAAGUCCAUACGUGCCGAACCUCCAACCUCACCAAACCUUGGAAACUUUCCCCCCCAUUCGAUCACCAAAACACCCACCGACUCUGCCGCCAGAUUCAUCCUGUUCAUAAUUCACCCUCUGGCUGCAAGGUGAACAUUCACGAGAGUCCAUCUUUACCAAUCGAUUCCCACUUAGCCCAUUUCGCCCUCGCGAGCACGAGUUCCAGCGCUGGGGCCCAUUGCAUUUCGCAACCCACACUUUUCAUCGCUCGCGCUCUGGUUUCGCGGCGGGAUUUCAGAUCGUGACAACCUAACCACAAGAGUCCACAGACGACGACCGACUUCUACACCGAUACAACUCGACUCUGGUCGAUUCUCGAAGAGGUCUCACUCAGGUUACACCUGUUCUUCUGGGCACUUCCGAUCACCCGAUCUCUCUCUCUCUCUCUACAAUUGUGGCUUGAACUCUUAACCAGAACAAGUUGCAAGGCAUAACUUUUUUUCUCGGUGAAUCGACAACACGAAUCCUGAGAGGCAAUCGUACGUGCCGUGCGGGGAGGUCUAGCAACACCUCUCCGCUCAUCCACCUUUGGAGGUGCUGAACUUCUUUCAGCCGUAAUAGCGGAAGACCCCGAUACCCAAGCAUUUUCGCCCUCGGAAAUCGCUUCUACUCCCAAAAGUCUUUUUUUCGACCACCCACCACACACACACAUCUACACGAUGACUACCACAGCAACAACAAGAGAGUCGGCCGCGGCUUUCUCAUACGCGCAGGCUGCAAAAGGUCGCGCUGCGGCGAACGCCUCGCUGCUCUCAAGUCAGAAUACCUCGGGCACAAACACACCAUCGAAAGAUAUGAGCCUGUCCGUUGAGUCCUCGCUGGACUUCAGCAAUACCGCAGCCACGUCUGAUGCUGAUCGGAGCACCAACGGUGACGCCGAUGUCAAGGUUCCCGGAACCCUAGCCAGCUCGACCACUGCGUCCUUCCAGAACUCGGUCCCCACAUCGCCGAGCUACGGGACCGCUUCGACAUCAACACUUCCCCGCGAGGAGGAGGCUGCUGCUGCACCGAAGCUGUCGGACUCGCCAUGGGACCGACUAGCCGCGUCCGAGACCGUCUCUGAGAAGCCAGAGGGCGAUCGACGAAAGACGAGGAAAGGAAAGAAGGACAAGAACGCCGACAAGGAUGCCGAGAAAGAGAAGGAGGAGCCAAAGCCAGCGGAGAUCCUGGUUGCAGCACCACCGCCUGCCGUAAAUUUCUGGCAGCAGCGCAUGGCCUCGAAGCCAGCGUCCGAGGAGCCCACAGCGGCCGAGGCGUCGACUGAGGUGAAGCCCGCCGAGAAGAGGAAACCCAAGGCCGAUGAGGGCGAGAAGUCCGCUGGCCCGAGCCAGAACGGAACUGCACGAGAGACCAAGGGUCAGAAGAAGAACGGCGAGUCGUCCAGGGGGAAGGAGGAUUACAACAAGAGAUCUGCCCCGCGAGGAAGCCGAGUAGGCGACAAAGACGAGAAGGCUGCUGCGAACCAGCUGCCACCGCCCGUUGGAGACGCCGUUUCAUGGCCUACCCCGGAGACUGCUCUGGAGGAGGAGAAGCGCAAGGCGCAGGAGAAGAUUGAUAAGGAUGAGAAGGACGCUGAGUCCAGCGCGAAUAAGCAGCCGAGGCAGAAGGAGAAGUGGGUUAGCGUGCCGUAUACACCAUCCGUCACUUUCAACACCCCGCUGCCAGCUCGUGGAGCUAGAGGCCGUGCGGGACGUCCUGCUGGUCGCGAUGGCGGCGGCCGUGGUGGUCAGUCAUCGAAUGAUGGGCACGGUGGAGACAAGACUGUCUCUUCUGAGAAUACCGGCUCUGAUAACCGCGAGCGUGGCAGAGACAGCAAUGGCAGUGGCCGCGCUACGUCUCUCCCACCUAACGCCUCCAAGAGGUCUGCAGGCGAUUCGUAUCGUGAUGCGCGCAAGCCCUCUACUGCUGAGAAGAAGACCGAGUCCGCGGCAGCAAAGGCCGACGCCGCAGCGUCUUCCAAUGGUCGUCGAUCAUCCAUCGCGACACAGACAGAGUCUACCAAUGGCCCAAGUGAUGGCGCGAGGUCUCAGAAGAAUGAGCAGCCAAACGGCACCUCUGAUUCGCAUGCUCACCCGCACUCUGCCGGCUAUGACAUGCGCAGCGAGUUCAAUGCCCGCGCCGGCGACUUCCAGAAGGACGCCAACGGACACCAAGGGCGUGAGCGCGGCGAGGGUCGCUCUGAGCGCGGCCGUGGCGGAUACCGUGGCCGCGGCAACCACGGCAACUUCGCCAACGGACAGCAACAUCCUCAGCAGGCCUACAGCAAUGGCCAGGUCCAGCAGCCAGUUAACGGCUACAACAUGAGACCGAAUGGCCCAUACAGCCCCACUCCCCCAUCCCAGCCAUUUCCGGGUGGCUUCCCGCAGCCGGCGCAGCGUGGACGCAGUGGAGCUCCUCCGCCGCGAUCGCAGUCGAACCCGAAUUCGGGACCGAUGUAUCCGAGGUAUCCGGGGAACCCGAAUGGGCCCCCGAUGAUGUCGCCGAUUGCUACGAAUGGUGCUAUGUUUGAUUACCCUGGUAUGCAGAGCAUGAGCGCUGUGCCGUACAACCCAUAUGUGGAGCCUUACUCUGUUAUGGCUAUGGUUACGAUGCAGUUGGAGUAUUACUUCUCCAUCGACAACUUGUGCAAGGAUGUUUUCCUGAGGAAGCACAUGGACUCGCAAGGAUUUGUCUUCCUGUCCUUCAUCGCAGGAUUCAAGAGAAUCCAGUCCCUCACUCAGGACUUUGAGCUCCUCCGCUACUCGUGCCAGGAGUCUGAUGUCAUCGAGAUUGUCGUCGGAGACGACGGCGUCGAUAGGCUCAGGAGAAACGACGGCUGGGAGAAGUGGGUUCUUCCUAUUGAGGAGAGAGAUGAGGCCGCGAGGAACAAGGGCCCAGAGAGGUUCUACCGUCAAUCGCAUCCUCGCGGGCAGCAGAUGCCUCAGCGAAUGAUGCCCCAGGGCCCACAAGGAGGACCCCCGCCACCAUUCUCCCCGAACGGUGUCCAGAGCUUCACUCCCUACGCUGCUGGGUCGCCGAAUAUGAACGGCGAGAACGGAUUCGUUCCUCCUCCCAUGCACGAUUCGCCGCUCUCGGCUGCGGUGCCGGAGUUUGCGCCUGCGCCGGCGUUCAAUCCGGCGGACUAUGUUGAUGUUCCUACUACGUUUGCGGAUGAGGAGAUUACCAGCCUGACUGUUGUGUACAGCCAGAAGGCGUCUGGGGAGGCUCCGCAGAGGGUUCCGUAUAAUGGGAACUCGAGGACUUUCUCGAAUGGUUCGAUUGAUGCGCGUGUCAUCGCUGAGGAGCUCCAGGAGGCUGAGAAGCGUCAGGGUCGCCCACUUACAAACGGCAGCAGUGAGAGCUCGGAGAUCUCUCCCGAACGCCUAAGGAACUCCCUAAGCCCCUCAACCAUGUCCCCCACGCGCCUCGUCUUCGGCAACGCCCCCCCCGUCAUGUGGCUCAAAAGCCAAGUCGACGCCACCUCCCCCCCCUCCGAAUCCAAGACCAGCGAGCCCUACACCAUGAUCCGCUCGCGCGCCCUCUCCAACCGCCCUUCCUCCCCCCCCGCCGACGUCGACAACGACAUGAAAGUCCUCUACCAGUUCUGGGCGCAUUUCCUGAUCCGCAACUUCAACCCCCAGAUGUACGAGGAGUUCCGGCGGUGCGCGCACGAGGACGCGGGGCGCCAGGCGAUGUUUGGAAUGAAUCACCUCGUGACGUUCUAUGAUGAGGUGCUGAAUAGCAAGAAGCGCACGGUGCCGGAGGUGUUUGCCAGGCAUUAUGUGGAGUUGGUGAGGGAGGAGGAUAGGGCGAAGGAUAGGCCUGCUUUUGCGAAGUUGAGGGCGGCGUGGAGGAAUGGCGCGUUGGAUAUGAAGAGUCGGAAGAAGGUGGAUGGGUUUGUGGAUCCGGUGUUGAGGGAGGAGUUGGAGAGGUAGAAGGUUUGUCGCUGUUUAUGCUUCGCUCUCUCGCUCUUCCGUUUCUGCAACCUUCGAUAUCUUGGCCCUACCUACCUACCUCUUACGAAUGCUAAGAUACCUCUUCGUUUUCGACAUGUCCGUUUACACAACUACACCACAACUACGCAUCGCCAUGCAGGCGUCCCUCUGGACCUUUUUGUCACCGAUAUACCUACUUUAAUGAGCGCCACUCUCUCGCAUAAAAACUUCAUUUGAACUACUACUACACUUUUCGGAUCAUAAAGGAACACGCACACACUCUUCUCUUUUUUCUUUCUACAAAAAUCUCGGGAUAACCAAACCGCAGCAAUUGUUCAAGUAAUAAAAACCAAACCAACGCCCCUUGUGUGGAAAAUUCGGGAUAUCGGAAUUUGCUUUUUUUGCUUCUUUUUAUUUUUUUGUGUACACCAACUGCUUUCACGCAACUAUGCAAGGAAAAACCCGCGCACGCCGCACGGAAAACGAGCCGACUAGGUCUUCGUUAUUAGCUUCUUAUGGAAAAAUUCGUUUAUCUAACGACGACAUCGUUCUUCUCAAGAUUUGAAAACUCUUUUUUGUCUUUUGCAACAACACACAAAACUGGCCCACACUUGCCCGACACUUUGCUGGCGUUGAAAAUAUGGGGAGGGGGUUGGGAAAAAUUGCGUAUUUGGACAUCCUUUUGUUGCGAAUGGGAUGGAUUUUGUGUGACUUUUGUUUUUUGUUUUUUUGUGUUUGUGCGUUGCGGUCGUGUGCUUUUUUUGUGUGAAGAUAUCUGGACUGCUCUGUCUGCUUCAUGGCUGCGGAAGGAAGUGCCGACGACGACUGCCACAGGGCACGACUUUUUCCAAACCUAGCCAGCCCUUGGACUUGGGUAAAGAAAAUAUGGGAUCCAAACAGCAACACCACCACCCACAGCCAGCCAUUGCCACCGUCUUCCUUCCUACCACCAAAUUGCGCGACGGGAGUCUGCACUUUUUCUUCACUUUUACGUCCCACGGGUUUUUCUUCUUCUACGCAUAGACAAGGGGGGGGAAGCGUUGGGAUUUUCCCAGGAUUUUUUCGUGGGUUUGCCUGGUUUUCGGAGCCGGGCUGGGGUGGAGG